AAAAACGAAAAAAUUAAAAAUAAAAUACUAUAAAUACUGCGCUCUACCAUCUGGCUCUGCUCGAAUAUCCUCUGCUGGUUUCUAGGGUUUCGUUCCCGUCGUUUAGGGUUUCUAGGUUUUCGUUCCCGUCGUUUUGCUUUCUCGAACUUUCAUGUUUAGCCAAGAACUAUGGCAGGACGAAGACAUAGGAGGAGGAGGGCGGUCAAUUUCCCUUAUAUUUGCUACUGAGGAAGCUUUCCGGUAUCCUCAAGGUCUGCGUGAUCAUAUUCGUGUCGUUCACCAUUUGGUACUGAAGCUGGUCCUCCAGUACCUGUACCUGAAGCUGAUCCUCCGGUACCUGAAGCUGGUCCUCAAGUACCUGAAGGUAAUGAGGACCAAGAUUAAGCUCCACGUCAAGAAAGUCGUAGAAAUUACAGAAGAUCCAGACGGAAUCCAAACUGGCACUAAUGUACUGACUAUAGAUUGGCAAGAACGGCUGGCAGUGCCAUAUUUUUCAUCCAUUUUCUCGAAAGAGCCAAACCAAAUAAUUACGGGCAUAGAACGAGAUACUCCUCAAGUCAAACUGGAAAAUGUUACUACAGAUGAUAAUGCUCAAAUUCUUGAUAAACCUGAAAAAAUAGCCCGAAGGCAAUUGCGAGAGAAAACGCGUGAAAAAGGGGCAGCUGAGUUAGUCCACCAAGAUACUGAAGCAAUCAUUAAGCUAGAAAAUAGUGCCAUUGAACACUCAAAGGCUGUUGACUCUUCAGUUUUGGGGAAAUACUGCUUAUUGAGGCGGGAAAAUGAGAAUGAGAAUUUGGAUUCAACAAUACGCUUGAUGCGAGAUCAAAUGAUUAUGGCUAGGGUAUAUGCAACCAUUGCAAGGAUGAAGAACAAGCUUGAUCUAUACCUAGAGCUUUCGGAAAGGCUCAAGGAAAGCCAAUGUGCCCUUGGAGAUGCCAAUACCGAUGCAGAUCUGGGCCGCAGUGCACCUGAGAAAAUUAAGGCUAUGGGUCAAGUCCUGUCUAAAGCAAGAGAACAGCUCUAUGACUGCAAAUUGGUAACCCAAAAGCUUAGAGUGAUGCUUCAAUCAGCUGAUGAACAGGUAAGGCGCUUCAAGAAGCAGAGCACAUUCCUAAGCCAAUUAGCAGCGAAGACUGUCCUGAACGGGAUCAAUUGCCUGUCAAUGCGUUUAACCAUAAGCUACUACCUCCUUCCACCUGAGAAGAAAAAGUUCCCAAGAAGUGAGAAUUUGGAAAAUCCAAAUCUUUACCACUAUGCUCUAUUCUCUGACAAUGUCUUAGCUGCGUCGGUCGUUGUCAACUCAACCAUCAUGAAUGCUAAGGAACCGGAGGAGCAUGUAUUCCAUUUGGUGACCGAUAAACUGAACUUUGGAGCCAUGAAUAUGUGGAUUCUGUUGAACCCACCUGGAAAAGCCACCAUCCAUGUUGAAAAUGUCGAUGAGUUCAAAUGGUUGAACUCAUCCUACUGUCCAGUUCUCCGUCAACUUGAGUCUGCUGCCAUGAAAGAGUACUAUUUCAAGGCAGAUAAUCCAACAACUCUCUCAGCUGGUUCUUCAAAUAUGAAAUACAGGAAUCCAAAAUAUCUUUCAAUGCUUAACCACCUGAGGUUCUACCUUCCGCAAGUUUAUCCCAAGUUGGAUAAGAUCCUCUUUCUUGAUGACAUUGUUGUCCAGAAGGACUUGACUGGGUUGUGGUCAGUGGAUCUCCAUGGGAAAGUAAAUGGGGCAGUUGAGACUUGUGGUCAAAGUUUCCACCGGUUUGACAAAUAUCUCAAUUUCUCCAACCCCCAUAUUGCGAGGAAUUUUGAUCCAAACGCAUGUGGGUGGGCCUAUGGGAUGAACAUCUUUGAUCUGAAGGAAUGAAAAAAGAAGGAUAUCACUGGGAUCUACCACAAGUGGCAGAACAUGAACGAAAAUAGGGAGCUGUGGAAGCUUGGAACAUUACCCCCAGGUCUAAUUACAUUCUAUGGGCUGACACAUUCGCUGAACAAAUCAUGGCAUGUGCUUGGGUUAGGGUAUAACCCAAGCAUCAAUCGGGGGGAGAUUGAUAAUGCGGUAGUCAUCCACUAUAAUGGGAACAUGAAGCCAUGGCUAGAGCUGGCGAUGACCAAGUACAGAUCAUAUUGGACAGAGUUCAUUAAGUUGACCACCCGUACAUACUCAGAUGCAACCUGAGUGAAUGAGUGGGCACGUGGAGGAAGCCACAUGGGUGCAUUUUAGUAAGCACAGCAGCUAUUCACCCAUCUCUUGCCCCAACGAAAGAUUGGUGUGGAUUGAAAAUCAUGAAGAGUUAGUUCCACCUUUUUCCUUCCUUUCUUCCAUACUGCAAAUAUUAGUUCACCCCUUUUCACAUAUUGGUUAUUCUUCUAGUGUUCAAUUCACAUUGAUUCAUUCCCCUAGUAAGAAUGGUGUUUUUUUCCUAUGGAGUAGGGUAUGAAGUUAGAAACUGCCUAUGCCUCACUAACAUGUGAGUUCUCAGUUGUGUAUUUUGUGAGGGGUUCUAGUGUUUGAGCAUAAGUGCAAUUUACCUUUCGGUCAUUGAAAACACAUUAUUGAUUUGUAGAAUGACUUUUAAGUUCCAUUUUCUGUGUAGUUCUCAGUUCUGUAUUUUGUGAGAGGGUCAACUGUUGGGUUUAAGUGCAAUUCUCUAUUUGUUCAUUUUAAAACACAUCACUACUGAUUUGUGGAAUGGAUUUUUAACAUUGCAAAUUUUGCAA